AUGAGCUCAAACACUUCCAGAGGCUGCAAUACUACUGACAAUGCAUCAAUUGGACUACCAUCUACCAUGAGCUCAACAAACCUUCGGUCAUUGGCAUCUCCAAUUUUCCUUCGCAAUGCUUCAGACAAUGAUGACACUGCUUCUUCUGCUGCAUAUCCUCCUUCCGAGCAAAAGAAGCGCUUAGCUGCCAUUCUUCAUGAAGCUCUUGAAAUUGUGUGCUGUGACAACAUUGUUUUCGAAACAAGCCACCCUGAGCUUUACCGCCCAGCCAACACGUCUGAAAGAACAUACGAAUAA